AUGAAAAGUCCAGCGAAUACUCCAUCCACCGUGUUUCCUCAAGCCCAGCACUUUGUCUCCAAGUUUCACAACACGCACAAUUACUUUGAUGGCAGUCUUCCUCCCGUGCUUUCCGUACAACCGGGCGAGCUCAUUCACGUCGAAACAUAUGACUGUUUCCAUGGUGCCGUUCAAUCGUCACACGCAGAUCCCAACCAAGUGCUCGCCGCCAUUCCACGCGAACAAUUGAACCCCGUGACGGGUCCUAUUUUCGUCCACGGAGCCGAGCCCGGGGAUUGGUUGGCCGUACAAUUGCUGGAUAUCCGACCGGAAGGAGAAGGUGUGGCCUGUUGUAGCACCCAUAGUGGUCAACUCUGUCAUUGGAUGACAGAGGAAAUUACCACCAAAUUCUUUCAAGUCAAGGGCGACACGGUCAUUAUGAAAGAAGACACUGCUGCCUCACGACGAAUAGCUCCCAUUGGCUUUCCCAAACGACCGAUGCUGGGAGUCAUUGGUGUGGCACCCAAGGGUGAUCCCAUACUGACCAUGCCAGCAGGGAAACACGGAGGCAAUAUGGACAAUAAUUGUCAUGGCAUUGGGGCCACCAUUUACAUUCCAGUCCAGCACCCCGGGGCAUUGCUCAGUGUGGGAGAUAUGCAUGCCAGUCAGGGCGAUGGAGAAAUCAGUGGCACGGGGGUCGAAAUUGGAGGGCAUGUGCUCUUGAAAUGUGGCAUACUCAAGAAGGAAUCCUUGCUGCCGCUGUCCUCCUCCAAUAAUAAUGACAUUCCACAAUCGCUUCCCGAAUUUCCCGUCACGGAAACGGCCACCCAUUGGAUUACCCAUGGUGUCUUGGAGGAAAACAUUCCACAGACUACCAAUAUCGCGUGUCAAGAAGCGGCUUGUUUGCUGGUACGCCAGUGGGGAUUCACCAAGGAAGAAGCCUUCGUCUUUUUGAGUACUGCCGCCAAUUUGGGACUCUGCCAAUCCUGUCAUCCCGAUCAAGGAACCCAAAUUGCCAAAAUGGUGGUGCCCAAGAUUGAUGCCUGUCCGAGGCCUUUUCGGGUCUUGUGGGAGCAGGAGCAAGAGGAGAAGCAGCAGCAGUAA